AAGUGCCAUGAAAAUAAACAACAGGGCGAGGCCUUCGUCCUGCAGUGGAGAUAAAUAUAGGCUGAUGAUGAUGACGGCGACACAAGGAUAAGAAUGAAAUGGGCAACACUAGCACCAGCUUUCAACAGCUCUGCUGUUGACAAUUUCUUUUUCUCAACUAUUACUGCGCGUCUUCUGUUCAAAUGCAGUAGUAAUAACUACUACGAGAGACAUUGCGACGUCUCGAACGCAAGGUCAGCAUACUCGCGAGUGUACUCACUCAUUUCAAAGGGGAGGCCACUAGGGGGCGUCGAAGAGUGCAGCAGCACGCACAUCGAGCUCCGCAAUAUUCAUGUUUUCGUUGGUUAUAGUUCCAGUAACCGACUGAAAUUGUGUUUCAUCGUCACCAUGAACUUCUGGGAACCCAAGGACACCAUCUUUCUGGGCCUAGGUACGUUUUCGGUGGCUCCAGGACCUUGAGAAGAUACCAGCCACGCAGCGUCGGAGGCGGUUGUCGGCGCGCCGCGUCGGUGCAGCGUCUGUCACACGACACCGACGCAUAUGGCGUCUCAACACCUCGCCUCUGUUGCGGCAGGCGACUCAAACGGUGUGUCGGCCCAGCGGAAACUUACCACAGAGAAAGACGACAUGGAUUUCUCUGAAUCCUUGACUUCUUGGAAUCCUACUUCUCCAACGCUUCUCCCGGACGCUGAGGAUCUGCGGCAAACUACGAGAGAACCCGACGAAGAGGGAUGGUAGACGGUGCUGACGCUCCGCCAAAAACGACAACAAGCGAAGGAACGCCUACAGGUGAAACAGAAAGAACCUUCGCAGAAGGAGCAGAACAAAUCACCCCCCAACCGCAGACGCAGGGCGCGACGGAACAAGCUCCCACCACUGCCGCGGGAUGACUUCCAAGAUUAUUCUCCGUCCACACCAAGGACUUCCGUUGAAGACUCUGACCAGCCCAAUGCUAGCAGAAGCAGUGAUCGCAGCCUGCCACAACAAAGUAAGGGGUGAGAAAUUUAUACUGUGCAUAAAACAAGGCUCAAACAUCGCAAUAGUUUCAAUACCUCAGCAAGAGACUGCUGAUCUCCUGCGCAAGAUCACAGCCCUCACAGUCAAUGGCAAGAAGCACGCGUUCAAUGCCUACGCUGCCACCAGAGAAGGCGCCGUCAAAGGAGUCAUUCAUGGGCUCGGCAUGGGCUAAAAGAGUGGGCUCGGCAGCAGCACAGCAAGCAAUAUGCUCAGAAACCCAUUCUGCUUCUUGGUGCAGGUUUUCGCUGCUCUGGUAGCCCGGCCGGCGCUGUGCACUUGCGCACAUUAUGGACUUGGCGCCGAUCACAUAGGCGACGGCGUGCACCUGCAAUUAUCGGCCAACGACUGGCGACAGAUCAACCACCUCAUCGAGACACCGUUCACAGUUUCGGCGCCUGCGCUCUCGACGCUGACGUCAUCUCACGUGGACACUCAAGCCUCGUUAAAAGACGACGCACCAGAGGAAUCAACCAGUGGGCUCGGCAGGAGCACAGCAAGCAAUAUGCUCAGAAACCCAUUCUGCUUCUUGGUGCAGGUUUUCGCUGCUCUGGUAGCCCGGCCAUCGCUGUGCACUUACACACAUUAUGGACUUGGCGCCGAUCACAUAGGCGACGGCGUGCACCUGCAAUUAUCGGCCAACGACUGGCGACAGAUCAACCACCUCAUCGAGACACCGUUCACAGUUUCGGCGCCUGCGCUCUCGACGCUGACGUCAUCUCACGUGGACACUCAAGCCUCGUUAAAAGACGACGCACCAGAGGAAUCAACCAGUGGGCUCGGCAGGAGCACAGCAAGCAAUAUGCUCAGAAACCCAUUCUGCUUCUUGGUGCAGGUUUUCGCUGCUCUGGUAGCCCGGGCCGGCGCUGUGCACUUGCGCACAUUAUGGACUUGGCGCCGAUCACAUAGGCGACGGCGUGCACCUGCAAUUAUCGGCCAACGACUGGCGACAGAUCAACCACCUCAUCGAGACACCGUUCACAGUUUCGGCGCCUGCGCUCUCGACGCUGACGUCAUCUCACGUGGACACUCAAGCCUCGUUAAAAGACGACGCACCAGAGGAAUCAACCAGUGGGCUCGGCAGGAGCACAGCAAGCAAUAUGCUCAGAAACCCAUUCUGCUUCUUGGUGCAGGUUUUCGCUGCUCUGGUAGCCCGGGCCGGCGCUGUGCACUUGCGCACAUUAUGGACUUGGCGCCGAUCACAUAGGCGACGGCGUGCACCUGCAAUUAUCGGCCAACGACUGGCGACAGAUCAACCACCUCAUCGAGACACCGUUCACAGUUUCGGAGCCUGCGCUCUCGACGGUGAUGCAUCUCACGUGGACACUCAAGCCUCGUUAAAAGACGACGCACCAGAGGAAUCAACCAGUGGACUCGGCAGGAGCACAGCAAGCAAUAUGCUCAGAAACCCAUUCUGCUUCUUGGUGCAGGUUUUCGCUGCUCUGGUAGCCCGGGCCGGCGCUGUGCACUUGCGCACAUUAUGGACUUGGCGCCGAUCACAUAGGCGACGGCAUGCACCUGCAAUUAUCGGCCAAAGACUGGCGACAGAUCAACCACCUCAUCGAGACACCGUUCACAGUUUCGGCGCCUGCGCUCUCAACGGUGACGUCAUCUCACGUGGACACUCAAGCCUCGUUAAAAGACGAUGCACCAGAGGAAUCAACCAGUGGAUUCGGCAGCAGCACAGCAAGCAAUAUGCUCAGAAACCCAUUCUGCUUCUUGGUGCAGGUUAGUCAAUAUCUUCCUGCAAAAUGUUAUCGCAGUGAUAACCGCUUCUUAGUGCUGCUGCUGUGCCCUAUCCAUGUAAAUAGUGCUGUGACAGCUUUGUCAUGUGGCGAUGUUGAGUCAAACCCUGGCCCAACGGAAAAGGAAAUGUCGCAACUUCUAUCUGGCCAAAGUAGCAUGACAGCCUCUAUCAAUAAUGUAUUGUCUAAACAGAGUAGAAUUGAAAAAGAUAUCGCUGAUUUAAAAGAGCGCAUGCUCAGUUUAGAAACUCACCUGAGCACUUUAAGCUCAUUGCAAAAUGAUGUCAUUAAUAUCAAGACAACAGUCACCGAUUUGGAAAAGAACGUCUCCAGUUUGCUAUGUAAAGUAGAUGAACUGGAAAACAGAGGUAGACGAAACAGUUUGAUCAUGUACGGCCUAAAUGAGCAAGAGGGGGAGACAAACGACAGCCUCUUGAAUAUGAUCAAAGAAGAUGUUUUUAAGGAAAGGCUGGGACUUACUAUUAAUAAUGUGGAAAGAUGUCAUAGGCUAGGAAGGAAGAAAGAAAAAGCACGCCCCGUGAUCUUGAGGUUUUUAGACUAUCGCGAUAAAAGUUCAGUGCUGAAAGAGUGCAGAAAGCUUAAAGGGACCACGGUUUCUAUAACAGAGGACUUUUCUUUGAAAGUUCGGGAGAUAAGAAUGAAAUUAUGGCAAAGCUCACAACAGGAACGUGAUCAAGGCUCCAAAGUUAAACUAGUUUUUGAUAAAUGCAGCAUAGAGUGUGAGAUGUUUGUGUGGGAUGUGGAAAAGGACUAACGCUGCAAGCUAAAAAGAAGGAGCAACUGACAUCCUAGCCAUUGCCAGUCACCAUCUUAAAUCUUAACUGCCGCAGCGUUGUCAACAAAGUAGAACAGCUUGAAGGCAUCCUUUGCUCGCUUGACCCCGAUAUCGCCGUAUUGAUGGAAACCUGGCUAAAUGAAGAUAUAUACGAUAGCGAAUUUGUCCCGAUAAACUACAGAGUAAUGCGCAAAGACCGCGAUAGAAGAGGAGGGGGCGUAGCCAUUCUCUUUAAACAUUUCCUUCAAGUUUUCGGAAUGCCAGACACCCCGGGAGUAGAAAGCGUUUUCUGCAACUUCUAUAUUAACGAUAUCAAAUACAUUCUUGGUGCCGUAUACAGGCCCCCUAACUCGGCUGUUGCAAACUUGGAAUCCUUGAGAGAAUACAUGUACACCCAGUUAAGACAAGCAGAUAAACUAAUCUUAACCGGUGAUUUUAACCUGCCGAAUGUUGACUGGAGCUCAUUCUCGUCCCGCUCCACCACAAAUAUUGAUAGUGAAAUGAUUGAUAUUGCUAUUACUUUCGAUUUAUUACAGGUAGUGAAGGAAUUCACUAGAAUCUACAAUGAUUCAAAAGCAGUUCUCGAUCUAUUCUUUGUAAGCGGAAAUGUACGAGAUGAUGUCUCAUGUAUGGUCACAGACGGCAUUUCAGAUCACCAAGCAGUGGUAUUAUCGCUGCAAUGUGCCCCUCGCAGUAAAAACGAUAAGAUUCAGUAUUACCCGAAUUUUUCUCGUGCAGAUGACGAGUCUGUAAUAGAUACACUUGCAUUUCAUCUGGAUGACUUUAAAAAUAACAAUGCUAGCAUGAACGAUCUGUGGCUUUUAUUUAAAGAUUAUUUCCAACUGCAUGCAACAGUUCGUUCCAAAGACUGCGAGGAAGACCGCGGGUUGGAAUCCCUGGAUUUCCCGGGAGACGUUGCACCAGCAACGCAAGCUUAAACGGCUUAAAAAUCGUGCAAAGAAUAAAACUUGUUCAAACUCCGAAAGGCUCAUUGAGGAAGCGUGAAAUAAUUUAAAACAAAUGAUCAUAAAUGAUAAACAGAGUUACUUUAAUGUACAGCUUCCUAGUUUUAUGAAGACGUCUCCAGGGAGAUUCUGGAGGACGAUCACUCAUUCUUCCUCGCUUUCGAUAUGUUCAUAAUAGAUGGUAAAAGUGUACACGAUGAACAGGUUGUAUGUUCUGCUUUUAACAACCAUUUCAGCAGUGUAUUUACAAAAGAUAUUGGUUAUCUGCCUUCUUUUUACAUGGAUUUGCCUUCCAUUCCUGAUAUUGUUAUUUCUGAGCAUGGUAUUUGUCACUUACUGUUAAAUAUAGAUGAAAAGAAAUCCCCCGGUCCAGAUGGUAUACCAAAUGCCUUCUUAAAACGGUAUGCCGAGUGGUGUGCAAAGUACUUGGAAAUUUUGUUUAGUAAAUCGCUUCAGGAAGGCAUGCUUCCGGAUGACUGAAAAACAGCAAUAAUCAAACCCUUACAUAAAUCGGGAAACAAGAACUGCAUAAAAAACUAUCGACCAAUUUCUCUAACUUCGACGACAUGCAAAAUUUUCGAACACGUAAUCUAUAAGCAUGUAAUUGGUUUUCUUGAUGAUCACUGCGUGCUGACGAACGCUCAGCACGGAAUUCGGCGGGGCUUUUCCACUCAGUUAGUAGAAACAAUUCAUGAUUUUGCCAAUACAAUAAAUAAACGAAAACAAACCGACGCUAUAUUCAUGGAUUUCAGUAAAGCAUUCAACAAAGUAGCCCACAGCAAAUUACUUCACAAAUCGAGUUUUAUACUUAGAAAUGAUAAACAUAUAAAAUAGAUACAAGCGUGCCUAACCAACCGCUCCCAAUUUGUUAGGAUAAACCAGACUUCCUCUGACACAAUACCUGUUGUUUCUGGCGUUCCCCAGGGAUCCGUGCUGGGUCUUCUUUUUUUCUUGCUUUAUAUAAAUGACAUUGUGAAUAAUCUAUCAGUCAAAAUUAAACUUUACGUGGAUGAUUGUAUACUUUAUGCCGAAAUUGAAUCCCCCCAAGAUCAAAUCAAGCUAAAUAGUGAUUUUGGCAAAAUAGUUGCAUGCUGCCAUCGAUGGCAAAUGUCUAUUAACUAUGAAAAAACCGUCUUUAUGAGAAUAACACUAAAGAAAAAGCCAUUUCUCUUCGACUAUUUUGCCAACAACACUUAUAUCUCCGAAGUAUCUCACUAUAAAUAUCUCGGUGUACACAUAUCUCACAAUCUUUCCUGGUCAAAACAUACUGACACUGUAAUGGCUAAUUGUCUUCGCAAAUUGUUUACCCUAAGACAGUCGUUAAAAUUCUCGACACCUGCUGUCCGCCUUCUGGCAUAUAAUGCAAUAGUUCGACCUACUUUAGAGUAUGCAAUAAUCAUCUGAGACCCCUACACAAAAACAAAUAUUGAAAAAUUAGAACGAAUUCAAAAGAAAGCUGUUCGAUUUAUCUACAAUUCUUACAGUCGAACUUCUAUAACAGAUCUCCAUAAACGUAGUGGCUUCUCUUCAAUUACAGAACAAAAUCGUGUUUCCCGAUUAAAAUUCAUUUUUCAGUUAGUGAAUGGCCACUACCGUAUUGAUACCUCACACAUUUUAACACCUGUAACUGGUUAUGCUACCCGUCAUAAACAUUCCCAAGCAGUAGCCCUGUUAACGAUGCAUAACAACUGCUUCAAAUAGUCUUAUUUUCCAAGAACAAUAGUUGAUUGGAAUAAACUUCCUGACGAAGUCGUUACACUAAAUUCUUUAUCCCUUUUUCAGGCCCGCCUGCAUUCUUGACUCUGUCGCACAUAAUUUACUUGCUUCUUUUUUCUUGCAUUCUGUCCUUUUAUUUGCUUCUUUUUGCUUGCAUUCUGUCCUUUUGUCAUGUUGAAUUCAAGCAUCGGCAAGAUUGCUUGUAAUCUAUGUUUGUAUGAGUGUACUUGUAUGUUCCCACCCUGCUAAGAUCUUGUAAAAGAUCGCAGUAUCUAUAAAUAAAUAAAUAAAUAAAAUGGACUCCCCCCGCAUACGCCCGGAGAGACAAUCAAGGCAAACCUCCGAGUGCGGACACAAGGGAUAGAAAUAAUCCAAGCAAGAAUGCUAGGGCACUCGAAGAGCACAGCUAUCACUUUCCUUGGAACGGUCCUACCGGAGUUCAUCUACUAUUGCAGUGGGGGGAUAACAUGCCAUCCAUACCGCAACUCGGUGCAAGUUUGCAAGACUUGUAACAGUGUCAGCCAUCGCACGGACGUUUUCCCGCAACUGGACACGAAAGUGUGCACAAUCUGUGGGGUUCGCGAGCCUGAAGACAAACACGACUGCUCACCACGAUGUGCCGUCUGCGGGGAGCAGCACCUUACGGGCGACCGCAGACCGCAGAUUAGGGAAAUCCACCAUAACCGAUUGGGUAGCUUUCAGAGAGAAACAGACAAACCGCACCAUGUGAUAGUACUAGAGAAUGGACGGAAUUCAUCAAGGCCAUACACAGAAGUACUACACGAGAAAUUGCGACAACGGUCGAAACACCAGCAGUCGACGGGCACUUACUACACCUGUGGGAAGCGCGGAGAAGCCUGACCAGACAGUGGAAGAGACAGAGACAUAACAGAAAGCUCAGGAUCAGGAUAGCCCAGCUUGCACAGGAAUCCAAUGAGUACGCACGGCAGCUGCAAGACACCAAUUGGUUUCAGCUUUGUGAUACACUUAAAAGAAUGCUUAGCACAAAGUUAACAUGGGCUAUUCUCUGGAGUAUGAUAAAUCCCGCAGGAACAAGGACCACCACAAGCCGAACACUGAAGUUAAUCGAACAUGA